AUGUCGUCCGGUACCUCCGACAAUGCCUCCGCAAAGCCUCGUCUGCAUGCGACCCGCUCGUUCCCUCGAAUGGAUAAUUCAAGCACCAGUCCCUUCAUUCGGUCAAGGGCGAAAACGGUGCAAUCCGUCGCAAUCCCGGAGUCGGUCGAUGCGGAUGCACUACCUCUGAGUCUGGCGGAAAACGAUGGGGAUGAGUAUGGCGAUCCGGAUUUGUUUGAGAAGCCAGGUACCUCGGGUCCCUCUAUGGACGAUGAGCCAGAUGGUGAGGAAGCUUCGGUGCUCUCAAGAAACGUGCCGAACCAGCCAGAGGAGCUGCCGAUUGAGUUAAUCAGCCUUACUGAUAGAUUUGUCGCCUCCCUGAGCGCCCGAGUACACUCUUCCCCACCUACAAUAGACAGAAUAUCAAACCUUUACCAAGAUUUCUACGUCCGAGCCGAAUCACAUAUAGCAACACAUAUAUCUACACUUGCCUCCCGCAUAAAUCGCGAUCCCUCGCCGUAUCCGUACAACAGUAAAGAUGCAGAUGCCUCCAGCCGCCAGAUGUUAACAGCUUCGGAAGUGGCUGAGAAACGGACAGCUCGAAAACUGCUUGCGUCCAAACAAGUUGACCUUGAAGAAGCUGUAGAACGAAGAGCUUGUGAAAGCAUUUAUGAGAAGAUAUGGAGACAUAAGAGCACCCUGGAUGAAAUCAGAGAUGAAAAGUUGCGAUCAAAAACAGCAGCGUUGCUUCUGGUCGGGAUCAACCUAAGAGAGCUAGGGGUUGAUAUUGAUAUAAAUGCAGUCAACGAGCAAAGCCAGAAGGAAGCUAAUGACUGCUUCUCAACUGCUCGUGAUUAUCUCACAAAAAUGGACGAGGACAAACAUCCAUUAGGGAAGCUCCGGCAUCUUGCUGCGACUCACAAAGCAAUUGUGGAUGCCCUGACUAAAUUGUUACCUUCCUCUUCCUCCGCCGACGAGAUUUUACCAGCUCUGAUAUACACAUUGGUUACCUGCCCGCCUGAGGGAAUCAACAUCAUAAGUAACCUUCUCUUUGUUCAAAGAUUCAGGACGAGCAGUAAGGUCGAUGGCGAGACUGCAUAUUGCUUGACUAAUCUAGAGGCUGCCAUUUGCUUUCUUGAGAAUGUGGACCUCUCCGAGCUUCGCGCAGAGGAAGGAGAAGAACGCCAGGCAAAAGCUCCUGGGAUCGAUUCAGUACCACUUGCUGAAAAUACACGUCCUCCUCAACCCGUUCCAGAGAAGGCCAUAUCAUCUGUUUCGUCCGUGAAUGCUUCUGCUGAACCUCCAAAGUCGAUUGCAACCGAGCCGUCCGACACCCUGCCGGGGCCGACAUCUUCCCAGCAAGGUCGUUUGAAUACCCUCUUGCAACCUCCAGCAAAAGUUCUAGGGGCUGCCAAUGAUGCCGUCCGGAACACCGCCGACCAAGGACUGAAGAACAUUAGCGCAGCGCUUGACAGCAGCUUCAGCCUUUUAUUUGGCCGCCUCAAAGAGCUGCAGUCCAAUCAGAUUCCAGGCAAAGAUGGAUCACCAGACUCUGUACUGCCAAAAACACUAGCGGAGGCUAGACGUCUAGUUACGUCCCCAGCAUCCAGUGACAGUGCCCAGUUGAUUAAUGAGGCAGGUGUCUCGAAAGAGACGCCUCUCCCAGAGCAGUCCCGAUUGAGGCGAAUCGGAGCUAAGGCGGAGGACACCUUCACGGGCCUGGUCAGUGGGCAGAGAUCUCCUCGUGAUAGAAGCACGGAUAGCGUGCGAACGCAAGGAUCCAAAGCAUCAAUACCUACUCCAAACCUUUCGAAAGAUGAUGCCCGGGCGAACCCCAAUUCUGCAAUGUCAACCCCCACGCUUGAGUCUGUGAGGAGCUUUGGAAACACGCUCAACCCGCUUAACCAUAUUCCCGGAAUGAUCAGAGGCUUUGGUCGUGCUACACCCGAAUCACCUGGGUUGCCUUCUCUCUCAAACCGGACGAAAGCACCGCCAUCUACGAGCGACACAAGGGCUGAUCCGCCAAUCCAAAGGUUUCUCCAGACUCAAAACGCGAACGAGCUUACAAUUGGGGAUGUAAGCGUUUUACUUGAAGAUUACAAACGUAUAUCUGCAGCACUCUUGAAGCAGGGUUCUGGGUCCAAAUAA